AUGUACUCCGAGUGCAUUAAAAAUGGCGGACAACAGAUUGGACACACAAAUCGAGAAGUUGACACAGGCGAUUAAAUUAACACAAAAACUCAGGGCUAGCGUCUCUAAAGUUUUUACAGACCUUUCCGAUGGCUUUCAAGCACCGAAAGGAGACGAGAAGGCACUCCUGAAUAAGCUUCAGAAGUCUCUCACAGCAGUAAACGACAAUCUGGGAGAUUUGGAAAAGUUGGCCCCGAAUAUUCACAGCACAACAAACAUUCCCCCUCUGUUACUGAACAGCACUGGCCUCCUUGGACUGGACCCAGCCACAGAUAAAUCAGGCAUUGCUACCCAACUACAUCACACACACAAAUGGACCAAUAAGGUACACAAACUUGGAGAUUACUCAGCACAAUUUUUAGGAACCAAUCAGCUAAAGAGAACAAAUCAGGGUCCUGUGGGUCAAUCCAAGCGCAUGAGACGACCAGAGCCCACCAUACACAGAGUACCAGAAAACAUAAAUAUCCAGCAACUGGUUACAACAGUGGACAGGAGCUCCCCUGACAUGUCUGUCUCUCUGAUUAGACCCAUGGGAAAUAGUACAGUGCUUCAGAUAACCCUGGCCAAGACAUUGAAGGCAGUGAUUGUGUUGAGAGGACUUCUCAUUGAGUAUGUAUCUAUCAAGGCUUAUAAUGAGGACUUCUUAACGGAUGAUGGACGACCUGAUAUAUGGUCCAAAUCCAGAUAUCAAGUUUUCAAUAGGGUGACAGAUUUAGUAACAGCAGCCACCAUACAUUUCUGCCAUCCCCAGCUUCCAGAUGUCAGCCUUCGUUCAUUCCUUAUUUGGUUGAAUAAUUACAAGACUUUAUUCUCAGCGCCAUGUUCCAAAUGUGGUAAAUAUCUACAGGGGUUUCUACCUCCCAUAUGGAGGGACACUCGCUCCUCCCAGCCUUUACAUGAUGGAUGUCGUCAGUGAUAUAAGGACCCAAAAGCUGGGGGAUAUCUUGAGAUAUCUGCAGGACUCCAUAGCUCUGGGAUAUCUGGAGAUAUCUACAUCAUUCCUUGUAAGGGAACCUUAAGUUUAUUUUGAUAAGAUCCUAAAGGAGUCUAUUGUGCUGCAGAAAACUGUAGGAUGUGAGUUUGCAGUCAGUUGCUGGACAGUGUUAAGAGGAAAUGUUAUAUUUGGUUCUACUGAGAAACUACUUAUGGCAUUAUGACAACUUUUAGUGCUAGAGCAAAUGUUGCAAUCUGCAGUGUACCUGUGUUAUGUCAGGGACGUAUAUACUUAGUAUAUAUAUAUAUCUGGUUAUGUGUAUUUGUAAUGAUGAAGUGUCCCCAAAAAGAUUUUUUUCAGGAAUAAGUACCGUAUUUUUUCUAUACUACAUCAGUAUUGACAACUCGAUUUGAUCCUACUGAUCCAUGUAUCAUUCCAUCUGAUAAAUUGUGACAUUGUGAAGAUGCAGGAAUGAUAAAAUUCUUUUCGCUA